AUGCAGAUUGGUCUCGACGCCAACAAUCCGGACCUUGCGCUAUUUCAGUGCUUUUACCGGCACGGUUUACUUCCUGUGAUGGAAAUUGUUUUCGUCCUUCAGAAGACGGAAGUUGUGCCGGACAAACGUAUAGCGUUCGAGUCCGUUUGGGGGAUGCCGAUGUCAGGGUUUGUGGCGUUCAAGCCGCUUCGAAGCGGUAAGACGCAGGUGAAAUUGAGUUUCUCUCAGGCGUUACCGGACCUUCUGGUUGACCUCAAAGUGGGCGUCUUCGGUGUUCAAAACAGCUUGAUGCCCAUUUUCAGCGAGAACCUGGUCGCGUUCCGGAGCAUUGCAGAGGCCGCAGCACGCGACCCUAGCUCCCUGCCACCGCGUGCAGAAGCGGGCGAGCGCGAGUACGCGCUGUUUGACGAGGAGGCUGACAUUGCGCUGUUCGAGGAGAUCAUGGAGAACCUCGAAUUUGAUGAGGAUGAGGAGGAUGAGGAAGGUGCACACGCCCAGGAGAGCAGUGACCAGUUUUCAGGGGAGCAGCAACUGGAGGAUCAUCAGGAUCGUGCAGAAGACGAGGAGGAGCUCACGAGCAGCAGAUCCGCCAGGCAAUCAAGGUCCUCCACAGCGUUACCCGGCAGCGCGGCAACUCAAGGGCGGAGUCGGCAUGGCGAUGAAGACACGUUGGGCAGCAGCAGUAGGAGCAGCGACACCGCUUCCAGUAGCAACAAGGAUGCAGUGGGUCAUCUUCCACGGGUGUACGCGUCGCCUGUUGAACAGCUGACGUACGGCCUGAUGCAGGCGUUGCAGACGCUCAGCCAGGGUUGUGUAUACGUCGGGGGAAAGGGGUUUCACCAAAGAGACGAGGCGACGGAGGAGUCGUAGACAAGGGUACUGCGCUGUCUCUGCCAAUGUUUGUAUGCACACGCUCUUUCUAGCGCCCAAAUUAGUGACGGCUAGCUAUGUAGCGAGAGUGGAAGAGGGGAGAGCAGCAACAUAAGUUUCGACAGGUCAGGAGGGGAGAGGAACGACCAUAGAGAGCGUUACCAGAGAGGUUUUCCUCCAGCAGCACCGGCUUCAACCUCACGCGAGCUGAUGAGCGAAGAGUGACUACAGCCAGGUGGCUCUGCCGCAUGUGUAUGUCCUUCGUGGCACAAACUCUGUUGCCGUACCGCUCUGUAAACAAGUAGCAUUAUGUACUAUGGCGGAGAAAAGGCACCACAUGCUCAGAGCGUUCGAACUGCGUCCGUCCCCAAAUCCGUGUAACGACGCAUUUACUGCAGCCCUUCUCCCCUUCAAACGCGAUCAGUUCCUCUAUCUCCUGUCCACUUUCAAGGGAGACCAUCCUUUUUCCCCGGGCAGGUUAUAAACGCCAUGCUUGCGUUCCUGAAGUCCUUCCGACUUCCCUCCCUGUCCAUUUCCCCCACACGGGGCAGGAGUUGAUCCAACUGACAGAAGAGGGAACAGAGGCCGUAUGACGCUUAGUGACACAGCCCCACCAGCACCUUCCGUGCCCGCUUUCACCACUCCUCUGGCUCUCACUUCCUCCUCUACCCGCCCGCGGACCGCUAAGACGGCCCACACGGCUCCCACUGCUUAGGCAUAGCCGCCCAGGUACCCCUCGUGUGAGCCAUCCCACAUCACCCCAGUUGAGAUUCCGCAGUCGUCAUCCGUCCCUCGCAGCACGUCACAAGCAACAGCACGAACAGCUGAACCAGGCCCGCCCACACCACUGCCACUACCGGGAGCCGCCAGCAGCCGCCGUUCCCUCGCCAGACAGCCAGUGGCACACAUUCAGGAGGCCCAGGCUCCGAAGCUGUUCGUUAGCCACUUAGCCGCUAUUUAACAGCAGCAACGCCCUCUGUCCUGCUGCUGCUGUUCCCCCGUGAUGUCCCCCCUGCAACCCUUGUCCACAUCAUCCUCUCACCCCACACAUCAGCAGGUACGUUGGCGCUGAGCUCCCUGCAUCUGC